AUCAGCACAAUAAUGGCAGACGGGAACGCAAGAUCGAAGCAGCGACGCGACCACACCAGUGCGAAGCAUAAGGUUCAGGAUAGCGAGGAGGACGACGAUGACGAGAAAAAGGAUGACUUGGAGAGCAGCAGUAGUCCUAACAGCAGCAGUGUCGCCAGCGACAGCAAGGACCGGCGAAGUGAAGCCAACCCUCGUCGAACACCCGCAGGUGGCAGGAACAAGAGCGACGACAGCAGUAGCGCGCUGUCCUUGCCGCACUCGUUUGACGACUUUACACCUGGUUCGACUCCUGCUGUAUCUCCAGCCCCCAAUCGACUGCGAACCUUUGACGCCGAAUUGAAGCGGCCGCCGCCCGUCCAGACGUCGGCCAUGCCGUCGCAGUUCAAUGCCACCAAUGGACCACGGGUGCAAGAUGCCAUGCGCAAGUUCUACGAGCUGCAGGUAGACAAGAUGCGAAAGCAACUGGCGGCGGUGUUGGAGGACAAGACUCAGACCCAGCGCCUGCUAGCGACCGAGCGGCAGACCCAUGAGAACACAGUCACGACACUUCAGACAAGCUACCGCCGCGAUGCUGCGCAAUGGAAAAGCGACAAGGCGGCGUCUGAAGCGCGCAUUGCGCUGUUGGAGCGACGAUUAGUUGCCGAAAAGGCCAGCUUUGUCGAGCUUCGCGUAUCCGAUGCGUUGGCACAAGAGUUUCAAAAGCAAGACCAGGACGCGCUGACGUUAGCCGAGUUUAUUCAGAUGCGCGUGUACGAACUCAUCCAGCCCCACGUCGCAGCCGCCGAUCGCGCCGCCAAAGAGCUGCAUGACGUGGCAUCCCGACAUGCCGAGUGCGCGGCGACGGUCGCGGCGUUGGAGCGCACGGCGCGGAUCGCAAAGCAGCAGCAGGACAAGAGUGACCUAGCGUUGCACGACAUGGAGGUCGAGCGAGAUGAUGUUGCUCAGCAACUGGAGGCGGCCCAGGCGGCGUUGCUUGAGCAACGGCGGGUUGCUGUCCAGUCGGACGACGACGAUGGCAUCAAUUGGAAAGAAAAGUUCACGGCCCUCGACUUGGACUUGAUGCGAGCGCGGCAGCGAGCCGCCGACUUGCAGGUGGAAAAUGAGCAACUGGCGCAAAAAGUGCAGCUGUUGAGUGUAGACAAGGCAUAUCUGGUCCAAGAUAAGGAACUGACGGCGGAAAAGAUUUUGCAACUGACCCGGGCGCUGGACGACGCGACCGCCACGUGUCGCCGCCUCGAGCUGUCCAAAGCUACAUUUUUAGAGCAGAUCGAGUCGACAAGAGAAGAAACCCGGUCGUUGUUUGAGAAACGAAUGGAAGUCGAGCUAGCAAAACUACAAGACGCGUCUCGAAAAGAGAUGGAUUUGUUACGGGACAAUGGCAAACAAUUAUACGAGCGGGAGAAUCGGCUGCUGCGGGAAGCCAGACUCGACGCCCAAAGCCAACUCGAUCACUUGCACACCAAAGUGUCCGAGCUGCAGCAUGCAUACGAAGACAAGGUGCUGGAAAGCACGCGGGCGGAUGCCAAGUGGACCACGGACGUGGCCGCCCUGCGCAAUGAUUUGAAAAUGAAGCAUUUUGAGUUGGCUCAACUCGGUCGGCAAUUCGACGACACGAGUCGGCAGCUGCAUCAGUCGCAUCUCGAAAACGACAUGUACAAGCAAAAGGUGGACGCGCACAAAGCCGAGUUUGCCAAGCUGGAAGCCAGUACUGGCAAACAAAUCGCACAGUUGCAACUGGCGGUGGCGGCCGAGCGAGAAAAACUGCAUGCGUACGACAAGCUCGAAGUGGAAAUGGACAAUGCAAUUUUGCAGUCGGGGGCGUUGACGGACGAAGCGUCGGCGACAUUUGCUAUGAUUCCCACGGCGCCGAAACGAAGGUUUCAGCAAAGCGUGGCACUGGCUCAAAAACUUGUGCAGACCGAGCAGCAACUGGCAACGACUCGGCAGCAACUCGAAUACAUGGAGACGGAAAAGGCUCAAGUCGCCUCUGAAUUGGCGGCCGCGCGACUUGCUGUGCACCACAUGCAUCAACCGCAACAAUUUCUGAUUGAAAAGCUAAAAGCCAAAGACGACGAGGUGCAGACUCUACAGCGUCAAGUGACCCGGCUGGACGAGUCGGUUGCCCGACACCAACAAGAAACAAACACGCAACUGCAGGCCAAGCUGGCGUUGCAAAACCAGCUGCAGCUGCUUUUGAGCCGCCGCCAUGAGCUCGAUACACUCAAGGCAUUUGUCCUCAAAGCAGCCCAGACUACUCCAUCCACGGAGACUGGAUCUUCUUCCCAUCAGCAACAUCCGCAUCUCCAACCACCGCCAACACCCUUGGACACUAAGGUUCCGAAAUGGUACCUCAAGCUACGGCAGCAGCAACCGACGACAUAGCGUUAAACAUGCUCCUAGUAAACGUUAUACAAUAGAUUGUCCAGUCGAGUGUUUUUUAAUAA